AGAAGAUUCAGUUCAUAACAGACAGCACUUGCCGAGGAAAAACAGAGUGAAAGCACUUGUGUGACCGAAAACCUCAACUAACACGAAGCUCGACCGAAAAAAUAAAAUAAAAUCGAGUAAUCGGAGGAAAUGGACAGCGAGAAGUUGGCAGAGUUAAAGAAGGCGUAUGCUGAUGUGAUCUUCAACAUGUCUAAAGAGGCGGCAAUGAGGGUUAUGUCCUCGGAAAAAAGGGCUGCUCGAUAUCAGCACGAGUUGAAGGUGGGGAAAGAGGAGGCUUUGAGAAUGCUGAUGCGCCUCAAGCAAAUGAUGGAUUUCAAGACAAGUCAAGCUGAAGCUGCCUCUUUUAAUCAGCAAAAGAAAAUCGAAGUGCUCGAAGCUCAACUCGAAGAAGCUGAAGAUAUAGUGAAUGAUCUCAGACACGAAUUAGAAAAGGCUCAAUGUGAACUCGAACAACUAAGACAAGACAAUUUGCAGAAUUCAAAUCCACCAACCAAUAAUGGGAUUUACUUAUAUGAAUCUGGUAAAAAAAUUCCCCCAAACUCCCAAGAAAAAAUAUACGAUGGAACAAUGAUGAACCCGAUCGAAAGAAAUCUGUGUUCUUAUAUUAGGAAUCGAGAUUUACCGUCUGUAACAGUUAGACAUAUAGAACAAGGGCUAUACAGAAGUGAAUGUGCUCAACGAAUUCGAGCGUGUGAGAAGAAUCUGCUAGAUAAAGUGUUGUAUCUCUCUGAAAAAACUGAUAAAGUAAAUGAUGAGAACAAUAGCGGAGAACAAAGGCAAAGGGAGAAGGAAGAAAAUGAAGAAGAUGCCGGCAAAGUACCAGCUUCCGGGGCUAAAACUCUGAGUGAACUCGAGAAGAAACUUUCACCAGAUAGAAUAUUCAGAAAUCUGCAAUCAUUUUCUCGGAAAAGGAAAAGAUCUGUUAGGAAAAGGAAAAUUGCGAUGCCCUUGAGUGUGAGAUAUGCUUCUGAUAUAGCCAAAGGCAGUGAUUGUCUGAGUCAGAAUAUCAAAACAGAAACGAGAUUUCAUCUGGGAAAUGAAAAAUCUUUAGAAACAGAAACAAGUGAUGCGGAAAUCAAAAUUUCACGUGAAAUUACUUCGCAAAAAGAUGAAUUGAAGGAAAAACUCGUGCCCUUAGACGAUGAUGAAGCUAGAUUUGAAGACGGGUUUUUGUUGGAAAACGAUUUAGAGUCGAAUUUGCGUUAUACGAGCACAAGGCUUACCCAGCAUGUUACGGAAAGAGUCAUCAAGUACACAUUUCAAAGGAAGCAUAAGAGAGAGGCUUUUAGAGGAUCUAAUGUCAAUGGUGCAACCGAAACAGAAAACGAGACGGAAGCUAAACAAAACGGUGGUCAUAGUGUGAAGCAAUCUAAAGCUAGCUUGUUAAAAGAGUCUUCACGAGAAAGCAGAAGAUUGGCACAAGUUGCUCGUCAGCUGUUUUAUGAUUACAACAAUGCUUAUUUCCUUGUCCGAGAAGAAAUGGUGGGACUGAAAGUGAAUGGAUUCCGAACGAGACAGAAAUUCUUGUAAUCCUCGAUUGCUCGACUGGAGAAAAAUUCCUAUACACAUACACAUGUGCAGAUAUAUUGAAAUCUGGCUCCCUAUCUAUAAGCAAGCACAUUCGAAUUAUGCGAGAUUUUUUUUGUUUCCUUAAAAAAAAUUUAUUGUACAGAUUAGCAGUGUGUUCUUGUGUGUGUGUAUGUAGUUGUGAAGUUUUCAGAUGUUGUAAUACUUUCUAUACUGAUCUGAGGUGAAAGGCUUUUAUUCCUUGAUGAGUACCAAAGUCAUUGAGUUUUACAGGGUAAAUUGAUUGUCAUUAUGUUUCAAAUUUAU